GCUCACUAUAUUACAAAUGGCCGCCGCUUCAGGAAACAAUAUCGAGAUCACGGGAAGAAGCAUAUCAUAUUUCUUAUUUUCUAAUCUACAGUCGAAAUUUUUACACGUUUAAGUGCGCAAAAUUAGUGCUAUGCUGUCUCUAGACAAUAAUGAAUCUCGCCAGGAUAAGGAAGCUACUAAAGACGGAUUUAAAGAAUUUUCAAGGAUACCUUCUUACGCUAAAACAGAAAAAUCAAAUGAAUGGACGUAUACAAUGAGAAGGGAUAUGCAGGAAGUGAUACCUGGGUUAUUUCUUGGCCCAUAUAGUGCAGCUAUCAAAUCACAACUACCAUCUUUAUUACAAUCUGGCAUAACACAUAUAAUAUGUGUUAGGCAAGACAUAGAAGCAAAUUUUAUAAAGCCCAAUUUUCCAGAUAAAUUUAAGUAUCUUGUUUUGAAUAUUGCUGAUACAGCAACAGAAAAUAUUAUUCAACAUUUUCACAAGGUAAGAACAUUUAUUGAUGAAGCUUUAAACUCUGGAGGUCGAGUCUUAGUACAUGGUAAUGCUGGAAUAUCAAGAUCUGCAGCAUUAGUUUUAGCAUAUCUUAUGGAAAAAUAUGGACUCUCCCAAACACGUGCAUAUGCAAUUGUACAACAAAGAAGGUUUUGUAUAAAUCCUAAUGAAGGUUUCAUGGCACAACUGAGAGAAUAUGAACCAAUAUAUCAAGCACAGCAAACAUCAAGACAUAGUUUAUUGACACAAAGAAUCAAAAGAACUAUCCACCAAAUGGAUACUGAAAAAACAGAGGAUAAAUGUGAUAGAAUGGACAGUUGAUGUUUCUUUAGUAAAUGCUAAAGUUACCAAAAGACAUGCUCUAAAUUAAAUGAAAAAAAUAAACUUCAUAAAAAGUAA